UUGUGUAAAAGUAUUUUGGGCAGGGUGGCAGUGUGGAUGGCACUGACAGGCCGCCGACGGUAACUAACCUCUACACUCUUUUCUCCCUCGCUCUGUACGUCUGUCUCCUGUCUACCUACACCAGAAUUCGUUAACAUGGCAGCUUUUGAAGAAAUGGGUGUACUCCCAGAAAUAGCUAAGGCUGUAGAAGAGAUGGAUUGGACGUUGCCAACGGAUGUCCAGAAUGAGGCAGUCCCACUUAUUUUGGGAGGUGGGGAUGUGCUCAUGGCAGCUGAAACAGGCAGUGGCAAGACUGGUGCUUUCUGUCUUCCCAUCCUACAAAUUGUCUGGGAAUCACUUAAGGAUAUUCAGCUUGGCAAGACUUCAAAAGUUACUAAAGAAAUAUCUCCUCUCUGGUUGAUGAGCUUCUUUGACCGUGACGCAGGAAUGGCUGUGACACCUGAUGGCUUGCGGUGCCAGUCACGGGAUCCUAAAACAUGGCAGGGUGCCCGUUGCACCAAGGGUGUCACUGGCAAGGGAAAAUAUUACUAUGAAGCCGUUGUGUCGGAUGAAGGGUUGUGUCGUGUCGGGUGGGCAACUCCUCAGGCAGCAUUAGAUCUUGGAACAUGUAAAUCGGGAUUUGGAUUUGGAGGCACUGGAAAAAAGUCUAAUUGUAAGCAGUUUGACGAUUAUGGUGAAUCUUUUGGCCUCAGGGAUGUCAUUGGUUGCUAUCUCAACCUGGAUGCCAUGGAGAUGCAUUACAGCAAAAAUGGCACUGAUUUAGGUAAAGCUUUCACAUUACGAAGUGAAUUCAAGAAUGCUGUCUUCCAUCCAGCUGUAGUUUUGAAGAAUGCAGAGAUGUCUUUCAAUUUUGGUGCAACAGAGUUCAAGCACCCACCUAAAGCGGGAUACGUAGCAGUGUCUCAGGCCAGCAAGGACUGUACUGUGAGCUCAGGUGUGAAGGGAGGUGGAGACAAGCCACAAAAGCUUCAGAACAAUGCUCCACACGCUGUCAUUAUUGAGCCUUCAAGAGAACUCGCAGAACAGACCCUAAAACAGGUUCAAAUGUUUCGUAAGCAUCUAGAUAAUCCAGUGGUUCGUGACCUUCUUGUUGUUGGUGGUAUACCCGUGAAGGAGCAAAUAGCAGCACUCAAUGCAGGUGUGGAUAUUGUUUGUGGUACUCCAGGAUGCUUGGAAGAUCUUAUUAAUACAGGAUAACUCUCUCUCCAGUCUUGCAAAUUCUUUGUGUUGGAUGAGGCUGAUGGACUUCUUAAACAGGGGCAUGAGCGUCUCAUCAAUAACAUCUACAACUCCAUACCCAAAAUCACAUCUGAAGGCAAGAGACUCCAGAUGGUGGUCUGUUCUGCCACCCUACAUUCCUUUGAAGUGAAGCGCAUGGCAGUAAGUUUCUGAACCCUUAUUUGGUAACACUUGUUUGCUAAGGAAAAUUGUGCCUUCUCAACGGUGCAAUGUCUUAAGACUAAGGAUUAUGAAUUAUCUUAGAUUAUGGUAUACUAUAUAAUAAUCAAGUGAAAAUUAACAAAG